AUGGUUGUGCAUGAUCAAGCGAUGGCACAUCCACGAGAUGAUUCCUUAGAGCAAGCUUGCGAAGAAAACAACAAAUCCCUGGAUAGCAAUCCCUUCGGAGAAGUAUUUAACCCCUUCACGGAAAGCGCCCAUGUCCAAGAAGUUCCUGAUACCGAUCCUGCAACUGUCGAUCAGCUCUGGAAAAUUGUGUCAAAGGUUCUUGAAUCGGAACGGCAGCUUACGAUGGCUGGCACAACUCCAAUCUCAAAGCGUGCUCCCGACGACUUCGAAGACUUCAAAACGAGCCAUGGCAUCACCGUGGUUGAUAGCGGCGUCUUCUCCCAGCUCCAAAUUUCUUCACCUAACACCAACAUCAUCCCCUCCAUCAACAUCAACGACGUAUGUAUGAUUGGCAGCAACAAAGAUCUCGUGAGAAACUUACUCAACAAGAACUACGACAUCGAUGCGUCAGACUUCCGGGCCUUCAUAACUGAAUAUCUCUUCAAGCAACCCAUUGACGAAACUGGCACCUACGGCAUGCCUCAACGCGUUAUCGACUACGAAGCUGAUGCGACAAAACGCCCAACAAGGGUCACCAAGGACGACAAGUUGAAAUGGUAUGCACCACCUGUUCUUCAUUCGCACACCAACCACCCGGAGUCUGGAAAAUCGAACGCUCGUGGAGCCUCGAGAACGCAAUCUAGGACAGUUCCGUCGCGCCCGGCGAAGACUUCUACUGGAACGCACGCUAAAGGCAACGGCUCCAUACAACCCAGCACCCUUCUCACCCCCAACGCUAUCCCUCCUCAACUAUCCAGAGAGUGGCAUGUCCAGCCAUACAUCUUCUACGCAUUCACUAAAAACAUCUUCAGCGGCAACUCCACUGGGAAUUUCGACUUCCUCCCCCAUCUCCGCAAGACCCUGUAUCCCUACCUAACCGUGCAAGUCGUCCCUGACACUCCCAAUUCCCUGCACGAGGACUUCCACAACUACAAGCAACCCCUCCUCUUCGGCAUCGAAGCGCUCUACAACCGCUGGUUCCUUGCAGAUUACCACAAGAAGCUGCAGAAGGAGGUUCAACAGCCACCACAACAUCAACAACACAACGGCAAUAGUGCCGGUGCCGCGGCACCUUCGAAUCGCGACUCAGGGCCUGCUGCUACAUCAGAAGACAGCAGCAAAUUCCUUCUCCACUUCGUCAUCCUGGUGUCGCCGAAGGAGUGGCGCCUUGUCGAGAUCAAGCCUCAAGAUGCGUCAUCUCCGAGCGCGGCGGCCGGGGCGUGGAGUGGCGUCGUGGUUGAGCGCUGCCAGGCUGGCGCGACCACGGACAGCGUUGGCUUGGACUGCCUCAACAAAGCAGUGAGGAAGAUUCAUGAAUGGGGCUCCUCGACGUACUUAGAGGCGUGCAAGAGGGAUAUCAAGGCCAUUUACAAGAUGAAGGGUGGCGAUCCAGAGUUCGUUUCUCCGGAGAAGGCCAGGGCGGAUGACAUGCCAGAGGAACUCACACAGGACCAGAGGGUGUGGAAUCUAGAGAAGGAGUUGAGUGAACAGGAGAAUGGGCGUACAUGCUGUGUCUGGUAUGGAAGUGGUGUUCGGCAUUCUGCCAAGGCGGUGAGGAACAAAAUACCCCCGCACGCCUGCACGCCCGUACGCUCACUGAAUGGCCCGGAAAACGCCUGCCCUGAUCCCGUACUCCUCGUCACACAGCUCUUUGGACGACUCAUCGACUUUCUGUCUCGUGCUGACAACGCGGACGCCGCCAAAGAGCUCUUCUGGAAUGCGGUUAGCAGCUUGAGCUCACCAGACGCGGAGCGCGAGCGCUUCUGGAUAGCCGUCGGGGACUGCGGCGUUCAUCACAGCUACAAUGCUUCUCUCGACACCUUGGCCCGCCGGCACGGCACCGAGCGCGACCAGCUGGACAUCAGCAGAAGCCGCCGCAUCUACCGCAGAAAGAGUUACCAUGUUUAUCCUCCGUCCUCCGCCGUCCACGAACCACUCACUCGCCUGGGCGGCGGUGAACCCACCUCGACUUUCCAUUACCGCUAG